UAGUGAUGAAAUGUCUGUCUAUAUUAACAACGACAGCUAACUUCACGCAUACUUGACCCACUUCCUUUUCCGUGUUAGCUGUGAAAGAAGAAACAUGCCGCUAGCAAAAGAUUUACUGCACCCAUUGCCCGCUGAAGAGAAGCGUAAGCAUAAGCUGAAGCGCUUGGUGCAACAUCCCAACUCUUACUUCAUGGACGUCAAGUGCCCCGGCUGCUACAGAAUUACCACAGUUUUCAGUCAUGCACAAGGCGUUGUUGUAUGUGCGGGAUGUGCCACAAUUCUGUGCCAACCCACAGGAGGACGUGCUAAACUCACUGAGGGUUGUUCUUUCAGAAGGAAGCCACAGUAGAAUAAUUAGAAGUCAGCGCGAUUAUUAAUUUUUUUAAUAAACAAAGAAUAAAAAGAUACAACCAAACAAGAGCA